AGCGGGCUGGGGGGGGCCGUGCUGCCUCUAGCCCCCUCCCACUCCCCCGGCAGUCCGGGGAGGUGUCGGGACCCCAGCUCGUUUGGGUUCGAUGCCGCACCGGGGCAGCGGAUUCCUGGACACUGCCGUUUCCUUUAAGGAGCUGAAAGCUGAUGGGCCCUGAACUAGGGAGAGUAAGAAGUCUCUCCUCAGUGAUGGCACUCAGUGAAGAAAAGACUUUGGCAGAGAGGGAGACUGAAGCAGAGACAGUGCUGGAUGGGAGCGUGAAGCACCAUGGAGGUUGGAACAGCCAGAAACUAGAGACAGACUGCUCCAUGGCUCUGGGCAGCAUGCAACAUUUUCUAGAUGCCAGUGGAGGAAAAUGCGUCCCACUGGGGGAGGAAGAAGAGCUGACCAACAGGAAGGCCAUGCCUGACCACAUUGCUUCGGCUGGAGUGUGGAAGAAACACCAUAUGGACAAAGAAGAUAAAACCCAGACCUCAGAGAGAGACUCCUUCAUCUUUGGAUCUGAACCUGUUUAUAGCCAUUUGCUUCCUGAAGACAGGACUGGAACAGGAACAGGAGACGUUUUGCUUGAAAUAGGAGCCCAGAUGGAGGAGAAAUUGUGUCUUGACUCUCCAGAGCUACCUCAGAAUAUAGCUGAUCCUCUAGCUAGGACUCUCAGCUCAGGAGAGGUUGCUGAUGAUGAAGAUGACCACUCCAGUUUUGAAUCCCCCCGAAUCCAUGGUCUGAGGCAACAACCUUACAUCUCCAGUUCUUCUUUCUCCUUGAGGUGGAAAUCUUUGCUGAACCUAGAUUUAUCUGCGCUUUCUCUUUCCAGCCACAGCUUUCCCACCUCACCUACCCCAAAUGGUUUCCUAAGGCUGAGAGAGGAAACAGGAUCCCAAAGCCUGUGGCCUGCUAAAAGCUCUUCACUUGAGCCCACAGCCUCACGUUUACCAUCUGAUUCAUUGAGCGCUGCAUUGGGCCCCAUGCUUCCAACACAUGGGAUGCCACGUUUAGCAUCCCAAAGUGGUGGAGCUGUAGCUGAGGCAAGCAGGAGGCGGUCCUCUUUUCAGACUGAUUACUGGGCCUGUGUGCUGCCUGAUUCCCUGCCUCCAUCUCCUGAUCGUCACUCCCCUCUUUGGAAUCCAAAUAAAGAGUAUGAAGACUUGCUUGAUUAUACUUACCCUAUAAAGCCCAAGGCCCAGCUUCCAAAGCACAUUGACAGCCAUGUACUGGCUGACACCUUCCUGCAUGACUCAGGUGUUGACCUGGACAGCUUUUCCCUCUCACCUGAGAACACCCUGAAGUCCCCUGCUACUCUGUCCCAUGACUGCCUACCAACAGAACCAGAUGUUCAACUCCCUCCAGAACCCAGAAACUGUGAUGACAGGUUUUCUGCUGUGGUUUCCCAGACCCAGGGCAGCUUCGGAUUAGCAGCUUCUGGUCAAUUUACAUCGACUCCCAAAGCCAGUAGUAGACAUGCUCUUCAGAAUGACAAGGAGCAACCUCUAAUGAACUUCAGGAAAUCUCUACCUCUGGGAAGAUGCCUUGAGGCACACUUGCCAUCGCCUGGAGAAUGGUCCCAAGGGAGUUCCUUUUCCACGGUUACAGGAAAGAAUGGUGGGAAUAGUGAUCUCCAGUGUCUUUCCCAUGAGGCUCCAGUGGAAUCUGGGUGGAAAACACUGGAAGAUACUGAAAUUGAAGAAGAAUAUCUUGCUCUGCCCCCUCGGCUGACCCAGGUUUCCAGUCUGGCUUCAUAUCUGUGUACCAUUCAGACACCCGAUUCUCAGCCUUCUGUAGCCACUGAAGAGCAAGGUUUACCAGCUGCCUCUAGUGGUAAAGAGCCAACUCCCCUUCUGUACCAUAGCAAAAGACAGUCUCCUACUUGGGAAGAAUCCAGAGGGAAGUGGGGUACUCUAGAUAGGGAUUGUUGUACCCAGAUGCCCCACUCUCAGUUCCAAGAACUUGACAGGGAAUGUGAUGCUAACAUGUUGAUCAGUCAGGACCCAGGAGGCCCAGCCAGCCGACUAAGGACAGUUUCCUCCUUUAGGAAAAUGCUUGCUGGGCUGGCUUAUUCUGACUUGAAACCAGAAGGGCAGCAUCUAAAGAAAGAGAGGGACCAAGAAAGAGAAUCCCUUCUACAGCAUGUGAAGAUGUUUUGCUGUUACCUGGAGGAGCUCAUUUGCUGGCUGUAUAAAGUAGUUGAAGUUACGGACAACCUGAUUCCACCAAAGUCUAACCUUGCAAGUCUCAAGUCUUCCCUGCAGCUUUAUCGGCAAUUUAAAAAAGACAUAGCUGAACACCAGUCUCUGACUGAGAGUGUCUUACAGAAAGGGGAAAUCCUGCUCCAGUGCUUGUUGGAUAAUGCAUCAGUUUUAAAGGAUGUCCUUGGGUUGAUUGCAAGGCAAUCCAGUGAGCUGGAGGACCAUGCAGAACACCUGUAUGACUCAGUCUUAGCAGCUCUAGAUAUGAUGGCCGGGACUUCUGGCCCAGACAGCAAGCCAGCUACAUGUGAAAGGAUAUAACCAGGUAACAUCUCAAGCAGUGUUGGAAUCUGCCAGCCCAAACCCGGUUGGAAAAAACAGGAAUUUGCUGGAAGCCCAGCAAAAGUGAUGACUUUUUGCCAGAUCACACUGAUGUAGCAGAGAACCACAGCACUGACCUGCUGGCUCUAAAUGAAUUUCUCGUGUGUGAAGUGGAAAGCUACUUGAAUUAUUAUUGAAAAAAAAGAAUCCUCUAAUGAGAACCCAUAAAAGGGAAAAGCAGAUGCCUUCCAGACAAAGGUUUUUCUCAAAUGGUGCUUCCAGCGACUCUGGGGAUUGACAAGCCACUCAGCUUCUUAGUUCUUAAUAGAAAAUAGUGUAAGUGAUGAGUUUGUCCCCUUAAAAAUGAAUGGCAACAGUGCUCAUAGCCAGACAGUUGUCUCAGGAACCUUUUUGUGUUAUCUGUUUUAAGUGUCAUAGGAAAUAUGACAUUGAAAAUACUUUGCCUCCGAACUGGAAUUGGCCAGAGGCUUUUGAUCUUUCCACAAAGAAACCUCAUUUGGGAAAACCAGACCUUGUUUGGGAAACCUCAUUUUGCAUGUUUACAACAAGAAAGGCAUUAACACUUGA